GAAGAGAGGGCGCACCUCGGGAACGCCUACUAUCUGAGCAAGCCUAUUCCGUACGGAGACGCUAGAGAGCGCGUCUGUCAAAUCUAACAUGGUGGCUUCCUUGGCGAGGUUUCUGUCGCUUUGUUAUUCCGUACAGUGACGUAGCCGCUGCUGCUGCCGUUACAGGAGCAGAGUAGGAAGCGCGGACAGCCAGGCGGGAGAGAGGGUCAGAGGAGCAGCAGCGCUAUGCCCCGGGAGAUCAUCACCCUGCAGCUCGGCCAGUGCGGCAACCAGAUUGGGUUUGAGUUUUGGAAGCAAUUGUGCGCGGAGCAUGGAAUCAGCCCAGAGGGAAUUGUGGAAGAAUUUGCAACUGAAGGUACAGAUCGCAAGGAUGUAUUCUUUUAUCAGGCUGAUGAUGAACACUACAUCCCACGAGCAGUGCUGCUGGAUCUGGAACCACGAGUUAUCCACUCGAUAUUAAAUUCUCCAUAUGCCAACCUCUACAACCCUGAGAACAUAUACCUGUCUGAACAUGGUGGGGGAGCUGGGAACAACUGGGCUAGUGGCUUCUCACAGGGUGAGAAAAUCCAUGAAGAUAUAUUUGACAUCAUUGAUCGAGAAGCUGACGGCAGCGAUAGUCUGGAGGGAUUUGUGCUUUGUCAUUCAAUUGCUGGUGGAACAGGCUCUGGUUUGGGAUCGUAUCUCCUGGAGAGAUUAAAUGACAGGUAUCCAAAGAAAUUAGUCCAAACAUACUCUGUCUUCCCAAACCAAGAUGAGAUGAGUGAUGUGGUUGUACAGCCUUACAAUUCCCUUCUGACACUGAAGAGACUGACCCAAAACGCUGACUGUGUGGUAGUAUUAGAUAACACAGCAUUGAAUAGAAUUGCGACAGACAGAUUACACAUCCAGAACCCGUCCUUCUCUCAGAUUAAUCAGUUGGUUUCCACCAUCAUGUCUGCCAGUACUACCACACUCCGCUAUCCAGGCUACAUGAACAAUGAUUUGAUUGGUCUUAUUGCCUCCCUUAUCCCUACACCACGUUUGCAUUUUCUAAUGACCGGAUACACGCCAUUGACUACAGACCAGUCGGUGGCCAGUGUGCGGAAAACCACUGUGCUAGACGUCAUGAGGAGAUUGCUGCAGCCUAAGAAUGUUAUGGUGUCCACUGGGAGAGACCGUCAAACAAAUCAUUGUUACAUAGCAAUACUGAACAUUAUCCAGGGAGAGGUUGAUCCUACUCAAGUGCAUAAGAGUUUGCAGAGAAUCCGAGAACGUAAAUUAGCCAAUUUUAUUCCAUGGGGCCCUGCUAGCAUUCAAGUGGCCCUUUCAAGGAAGUCCCCGUAUCUUCCAUCUGCACACCGGGUCAGCGGACUAAUGAUGGCCAAUCAUACCAACAUCUCGUCUCUGUUUGAGAGGACUUGCAAGCAAUAUGACAAGCUGCGGAAACGUGAGGCUUUCCUGGAGCAGUUCCGCAAGGAGGAUAUAUUCAAGGACAACUUUGAUGAGCUGGACAACUCCAGGGAGAUUGUUCAGCAGCUGAUAGAUGAGUAUCAUGCAGCCACCCGCCCAGAUUAUAUUUCAUGGGGUACUCAGGAUAAGUGAAGCAUGUCUGUGAGGACACACCAGCCACUACAAUAUCGGAGCACAGUAUGUCGGUGUACCACACAGAACAGAGGUUGGGGCAUCGCCUGGAACUAGGACCAUACUGUCAUCCAAAUAAACUGCUUUGUUAUACCAGGGGAACAGCACAUCCGGGUUACAGUGCUGCGGAGGAACCAGAUAAAAUUACAGUCUGUCACUAUUUCUGCUGCUGACCAAGUGCUCCAUAUCUUUAGCGGGGUCAUGAAGCCAUUUAAUGCUUAAUAAAAUUAAUUAAUGAUCCAGGUAUACAGGCAGGCCUCCCAUCUUUGUAGUUUCAGGUAUUAGGAUUAAGAUAGAAAAUGAACAAUUCAAGAUUUAGGGGCUUAUUAUAUUAUAAACCCAGUGGCUAAUUGUCAACCCUGAGCAAUUCAGCUAACCUCCGCAUCCCUGUGUGAUAAACCCCAGAGCGUGCGCAUAGCGCACAUUUUUCCUUGCAGCCUCAGGAGCUGUAAGGAAAAAUCUGCAUUAAAUGUACCCUCUUGGGAUUAAUGCACGAGGUAACACUGACAGAGAAUUCCAAUUACCCGCUAAGGGUGUGAGCUACCAUUGCCGCCGGAUUGAAAUGCCAACAAGUGCACCGCAUCUUGCAUCCCUUGUGGUCCACUUACGGCCUGAAGCUUCACCUGUGCUAUAAACACUGCGGGUAAUUGGAUCUGCCCCAGAUUUAAUGGCCAUUUGCCAGUCAUAGCAUAAGGUGUCAGUCCAAGUAAUAUGGCUGCAAAUCUCUUGCAAUACAUGAUAGAGUGCAUACAAGUAUAGGACCAGUGUCCAGCUGAAACCACAUAUCUGCUUAAUAGGCAGUUGUACCUGGGUGGUGGCUACAUUUUACAUGAUCAAGUAUUCUAGAAGAAUCUACCAAUUAUUUCAGGGUUUUUGUUGCAGGAAUUUGCCUUUUGUUAUUUAUUGUCUUGACACCUGGAUAAUCCGAGUGAUAGUAACCUAAAAAUAACCUACAUUUGCAAAUGUACCAUCACCCAUUGAACACCACAAACUUUGUACUUACUGUCUUUUUCACUUUAGUAUAUAUGCAUUGUAGAUGGCAACAACAUUUAUCAGGGGACUUUAUGAAAACUGGUCCCUGGGAGAAAGUGUUGUAUCCUCUAGGAACUAAUCAUUCAUACAUUUUUAUUUUUUAUUUUUUUCCAAGUUUUUCUCGAAGUGGCAUAAGAACAAAUACAGUUAGAUUGGUUGCUGUGGGUUACAGUAUCCAUCUCCUGGUCUCCAGUUUUCAUAGAGGGCUCCUAUAGUAUUUCUUGCACAUAUUCUACUCCUAUACACACUUAGUCCACAUGCAGACUGGUAUUAAAGUGAUGCCUUUAAGAUGAGUUUUCAACGCAUGUUGAACACAUGUAAACAGAUGUGUAUUUUGACCUGUGUUUUACUUGUAUUACUCUGUCAAAUGUUAAUGGGUUGUGUUUUUUAAAACAGUAUAACAUUGCUUGUUCUAUUGCACCUGACGUGCAGCAACGCAAUUGAAAACUUCAUUUCAAUGGGAGUAUAUUGUAAAAGCAAUUAGUUGUGGCUAGUGAGCAUUUACAUGUGUGUUCAGUUGCAUUUGGCUUGAUCUAGCUAUAAUAACUUCCUGUCAUGUCACAGACCUCUUGGAAAAAAAGAAGAAAAAACAGCUUACUGAAUACAGCUGUGAAUGUAUUUAAAAUCCAUCCAUAAAACCAUGAAAGCAAAGCAAAAUGUGUUUUACUUGCAGUUUAGCAUACAAUCUAAAUGCAUUGCAAAUGCCUUUUAAAAACGUAGCCUAAAUCUUUUCCAUUACUCAUUCAGUACUUGUUUACAUACUAGUCAGACAGUUGGAUAGACUGUAAAGAAGCAAAUAAUACUUUUGGGGGUAUUUUAUCAGACCAUUGAGAGUGAAAUAAGGAGGAAUUCAGUUGCGGUCGAAGGGUUGAAAUGUAUGUUGCUGUGGCAUUUAAACGCCGGCAACGGCACCACAUCUCUCACCACUUGCUUUCUCGUGCGAAUCCUGAAUUCGCACAAAAGUUCUCACUACCCUAUGAGGCAGCAAACCGUUUUGUCCGAGUUUGGGCUGCCAUAAAGUACAUCUUCGCCCUCACUUGAAUUCCCUCCCUUAAAGCACUAACCAAUGUUACAGACUGUGGGGGAUAUUCAAUUGUUUGAAAAGUCAGUUGGGUGUGUGUUUUUUCCUAUCUAAUAGGAAAAAAAACACACCCAACUGACUUUUCAAACAAUUGAAUUCCCCCUUGUGUUUGAAAAAAAAGCAAUUAAGAGCUGACUGGUUUGAACUUUCUUUUUUUUGUUUUUUUUACACUCCCCACUUGUUCUCUCUCCAAAACUUUGAUAAAUACCCCCCUAAAUGUCUUACUAACAGUGCCAUUGACAUAGUUGGUUCAACAUUGCUUUAAAAUUAUCAAAUUGUUUGUUUCAUGCAUGAAAAUUGUUUUAGGAUGAAGGUUCACAGAUACCUGUGUAUUGUCUCUGUUGUGGGCAUGAAAACCUAAAACUGUCAGUGGCUAACGUGUCCUUUUAUUCUAGGAAAAUUUAUAUUACACAAUUUAUAUUUGUAUAUAAAAUGUGUGUAUUUGAGUUCAGCCUGGGAAGAGCUGUCUUCUCAAUCUUGGCAAUUGUAGGAUUAUUCUUAUUAAAUAAGAUUCACAUAAA